CGGCCGGCGAGCCCGGGAGGGGACGUCCCCACGGCCUCCGCCUCGCGGCCCUCGCCCGUGAUGUCACCAGCGCGGCGGGCCCGGCGUCCCCGGGUCGGCCUCGGGCGCCGGGCCGCGGGCUCCUGAGUCACGGGCUGCCCGCGGCCCCUCCUCCAGCGCUCCCACUCGCGCCGGCCCUCCGCAGGGGCUGGCGUUGGCGCGAGGCUCCGAGGGGGCGGGGGCCGCGGAUGGCUGUGCCCCCUCCGGCUCCUCCGCCGCGCUCGCCCGCGCACCUGGGGAGGCGGGCGCCGCGCGCACGUUGCUCAUGGGGCAUGGAGGAGAAGGCGGCGGCCAGCGCGGGCUGCCGGGCGCCGCCGGGCCCCCCGAGGUCCGGCGCCGUCCCGUGCUUCGGCAUAUCCGUGGACCAGGACGACAUCCUCCCCGGCGCCCUGCGCCUCAUCCGGGAGCUGCGGCCGCACUGGAAGCCCGAGCAAGUUCGGACUAAGCGCUUCACUGAUGGCAUCACCAACAAGCUGGUGGCCUGCUACGUGGAGGAGGACAUGCAGGACUGUGUGCUGGUCCGGGUGUACGGGGAGCGGACGGAGCUGCUGGUGGACCGGGAGAAUGAGGUCAGGAACUUCCAGCUGCUGCGAGCACAUGGCUGCGCCCCUAAGCUCUACUGCACCUUCCAGAAUGGGCUGUGCUAUGAAUACAUGCGGGGCAUGGCCCUGGGGCCUGAGCACAUCCGUGAGCCCCGGCUUUUCAGGCUAAUCGCCUUAGAAAUGGCAAAGAUUCACACCAUCCACGCCAAUGGCAACCUGCCCAGGCCCACCCUCUGGCACAAGAUGCACAAUUAUUUCACCCUCGUGAAGAACGAGAUCAACCCCAGCCUUUCUGCAGAUGUCCCCAAGGUAGAGGUGUUGGAACAGGAGUUGGCCUGGCUGAAGGAGCACCUGUCGCAGUUGGACUCCCCUGUGGUGUUCUGUCACAAUGACCUGCUCUGCAAGAAUAUCAUCUAUGACAGCACCAAAGGUCAUGUACGGUUCAUUGACUAUGAAUAUGCCGGCUACAACUACCAAGCUUUUGACAUUGGCAACCAUUUCAAUGAGUUUGCAGGUGUGAGUGAGGUGGAUUACUGCCUGUACCCGGCGCAGGAGACCCAGCGGCAGUGGCUGCGCUACUACCUGCAGGCACAGAAGGGGAGGGCGGUGACCCCCAGGGAGGUGGAGAGGCUCUACGUGCAAGUCAACAAGUUUGCUCUGGCAUCUCACUUCUUUUGGGCACUCUGGGCCCUUAUCCAGGACCAGUUCUCCACCAUCGACUUUGAUUUCCUCAGGUAUGCAGUGAUCCGAUUCAACCAGUACUUCAAGGUGAAGCCUCAGGUGUCGGCCUUGGAGAUGCCAAAGUGACCAGCUUCCUCAGCCUCCCCGCCUGUCUGCCUGCGCAGACCUGUGUCCAGGGCUCUGCCUUGCUCCACGCUCCACACCCUUGGACAAGGUGGGAGAGGGGGCAGGUAGGCAUCCAGGGGGAAGGCUCUGCCCCUGCCACCAGCCCCCUGUGGAUGCUGCUGGAGACCACAUUCUCGUUUGGAGGAGCUCAUAGGACCCAGCUCUGGGGGUCCCCCUUCACCUUGCCAGCCUUGGGGGGAAGUGCCUGUAGCCAGUCACAGCCCGGACCACAGCCACCCUUGGGAAGGCCAGCAUUCCCAGCCCAGGCCAUGCUGGAAUCUGGGCUGCCUUAGAUGUGUCUCUGACCUUUCCGGCUUGGGGAAGGGGAGGGGGGAAGGGCUCCUUUCUACCUCCAGUGCCCUGAGCCUCCAGCCCGUCCCCCCGCAUGCCCCACGUGGGAGGUGCUGAGCCCAGACCAGCAUGGUGCCCACUCCGACAGAAAGACGGAUGUACCAAUCUUGGGGGGGGGCAGUCUGCAAUUGGUCUGACGGCUCCCCCAGCAGCUGCCUCAUCUGACAUCGUUCCCUUCCUCCAAGUCAGAUCCAGUCCAGUAGCCCCUUCCCAAACCUCAGCCCGAGGACCUCCGUUCCCCAGGACCCUUUCUGCUCUGAGCUUGUGUUCCCUCCCUCUGCUGCCUGUUGGGAGGGAAGGCAAGGGAGUGGUGGCGUCCUGGGCCAGAGCCUGGCUCUGCCUCCUGCUGUGGCUUGGCUGGGGACAUAGUGAGAGUGGGGUGGCUGGACAGCAGCCAGCAGCCUCCUGCCUUGUUUGCUGCCCUGCCCUCCAGGCCCUCACUUCCAAGAAUCUGUCUUUCCGUGUCCACCUUCUGUCCUGAAGUUGACCCAAGGGGUCCCUUGGGAAUGACUGGCAGGAGUAAAGGGGCAGGGACCCGGGACCUCAGGGCCCACCCGUCCUGUGGGAGCCUGGGUAGGAUGAGUAGAGGAGGUGCUGACAGCUCCCACCUCCUGUCUGCCCUCACAAUCCCUCAGGCCCUCCUGCCUCCAUAAAGUGAUGCAUUUGUAAAUUACCGUGGUUUCUGCAUUAAAGUGGCCGUGUCUGGA